UUUUUUCCCCGUAACUCCAAAAAUUCUCGGGUCGUUAUUCCCGUUUCGCAUAUCUCCUUGUUGAGUUCGUCUUUGGAUACGAGCUACUUAGUGUUUAGUGUUAAUCGUCGAUGAGAAACAAGGAACGCAACAUACGAUAUCAUUAGUAAGUUUGCGCGACAAAAAAUAAGUACUUAAAAUGUUUGUUAAAAGAUAUAGAUACUAUUACCACUUACGCAAUCUCAUUCUUGAACGCCCCCUCGAUAAUAUCGAUUUGUAUUAUUUUCCUGUUUAGAAAGGCGUAAUUUUUGAAAGAAAAAAUGGAUUCAUUGUGAUUGUCCUGUAAAGAGAUAAUUGACAGUAUAAUUAAGUUGAAGUUUGAGGUAUAGUUGAGAUCUACCACUAUAACAUUAUUAUAGUAGAGUAGUUUAUAGACGCUGGGCGGCUGGGCACGCUGCGCUAAGCUGGGUGGCUGGGCGGCCUCGCUGGGCGGCAACGCGGGGCACGCUGGGCGGCAACGCUGGGCAUGCUGGGCGGGCGCUUGGAUAGCACUUAGCGGACUUGAGGGUGACACAUUGGGCAUGCCGAGCCUGCGCGGCCGCUGGGUUUACUUGCGCCUUGGGAACGCGCUGGCGGUGCAGCGCGUCCCUUAAGGACAAACAAAGGCGGCGCGCCGCCCUCAGGGUUCAGGGCAGUGCUGCGCCAGUUUGCGCGGUAGCGGGCUGCGCGGCGCCUGCUCUGUUCAGGCUUGCACUGCGUCGCGCUGCUCGAUGCGUGCAAUGCUGCGCCGCUCCUGUGCACAACGGUAAGCUCGCCAGCGUUGUUGGCCUUGGCUUUCGCUAGACUAGCGCUGGCUGGUGGGGUUCUCAAGCGGGCGCCUGAAGGGCGCCCCGCAAUGGGAGGCGCCCAGCGUGACGCUGGGCGCAGAAUUCGGCAGAUCUGGCACAUUUGGGUCGCCCAGCGACCCAGUGUGCCCAGCGUGCCCAGCCCAGCCAUGUUGGGAACCCUUAUAUAUAAUAUAGCAAGGAUAGAUGGAAGAUUCCAUCGAAACGCAGAAGCAGAAUUGCUCGUUACGUUUGAUAAAACGCUGGUUCGAAAAGACCUGCAUUUGAUGAGUGUGAGUAUUGGAUCUCACUCAUUAUAGUUCUAGUAGCCUCUUCGUUUACAGACCCUCUGAAAGCGGAAUGUCAUUCGGCCUAGCUGCGGCGACUCAUAAGGCAGAGAAGGACCUCGGAUACCAGCACAGGACCGGCACCGGAAAGAGUGACCGUUCGUCUCAAGAACACCAACGGAAAAAACAACAAGUACUCCUCUAAAACAGGAACAAGGAGCCUUUGCCGAAAAUACUUCUACGUUGACAACAAGAAACAGAGAGACGAAAGACGAUCAUAACGGGCUGGAAUAAGUACAUCUUUAUACGACCAAGAAAAGUCCUGCCGAAACAUACGAACGAGCAGGUAGCUCAUCGAUUUGUACUACACCAUCAACUUGUUCGAGCAGGACGGGAGAUCUGCUACUGCAAAUACUCGAAGAGCAUCUUUUUUGGCUGUUAUGAAACUGUCUACUACUUUUUUGGGCCAACGAGGGAGCAUACAAGAACUACAAAAACGUUUAAAGGAAGUUGACAACCAGCCUGAGCCUGCUGAACACCCACUUACAACUCACUGCCCUACACAGAACUGCGAACAAAAUGCUAGCACAGCAGCAAGCUGAGACACCCGCUGCGGUGGACAAAAUGGAUACCUCAAAAUUUGUAGAGGGAGCGGAGUUUUCCCGUGUCAAUACCAUGGUGACGAACACGACUGCGAGCUCCUCCCGCACGACACUUCACGACGGACUCUUUCGUGACAUCACACUUCUUGAUGGAUCGAUGGGACGGUAAUGCUAUUGCGCAUUUUCGAAACUUUUGAUUUUCAAUUCUAUCCAUCCACCUUCAGCAGAUGCUGCACCGAACAACUUACUUUGUAGAGGGUGUAGUACGUUGUACUAGGUGAGACAGGCUAAGCGUUGAUGACGGUAUUCUCUGAAAUAUUUUUUUGUUGAGUAGAAUCCAAUGAAAACACAUGCGCUUCUUGCUGCAGCUAAACUCACAAAAUGAAAAUCACACUUUUGCAACAGGCAGCUCUGCGAAGAGCAUCAUUUACCUGAUGAUGCUCUUUUCCGUCAGAUUUGGUCAGCCGCCGCUUUGGUCAGAGAGGAAUUUCAUGAGAAAGUCGUUGCAGUUCACAAAGACUACAUCAUAGCGGGAUCGACAAUGCUCACCACAAAUAGUUUCGGAACACAACCUUCAUUCUACAAGAGGGCCUACGAAGAUGACUACGUACUUUUUACUCUAAUUUUUACUUUAAAUAAUCGUUGAGUCCGUCGUGAGAGGUAUCUUGGCCUUGUUGUAGCACUUGACUAGACAUUGUUGAAUGAAUUUAUCAAGCCACUUCGUAUUGCGAUAUUACUCAGAAUCCGAUGGGAACCAGGACUUAAUCAAAAAACAAAACCAAUAGUACUACAGGAGAAAAGGAUGCUCUGCGAUGCAGAACUGAGCUCGAAGCUCGCGGUACAAGCGCGCACAGAAAUGAAUGCAGACCCCAGUACAGUUUUAAUUCUCGGUUCUCUGGCCUCGUUGUAUGAGAGCCAUCGCCCGGAUUGUUUUUUGCGUGGGGUUGAGGAAGAUGGCGAAGAGGUCAUUGCAGAGAACUACCAUAAGCUGGCAGCCGCAUUGGUACUACUCAUCCCUUUUUUUGUGGAAGUUGAUGGGCUAGCUUGUUGAUUGUGAAAUAGGAAAACCACAUACAAAUGCUUGAUGUUGAUUGUGAUUAAAAGCGUGGAGGUGGAAAGCCACCGUUAUUUUCAUCUGUACAAUGACGAGGUUCGCGGUGGUGCGGAUUACUUGUUGUUGGAGACGAUAAAUUGUUGGGAGGAAGCCGCACUUGCAUUAGAGGGGAUCUCUCGGAUGGAGCGACAGGUGCCAAUUAUCAUCGCGCUCGAAGGUGCCAUGCGCAGUCUGAAGCUGAAGCCGCAAACCGGAAGGAAAGCGGCCCAUGCGUUUCGCUCUCUGGCUGCUUACUGCAACCCGGACUUGGUUUCCCCGCAGCACUCCGCAAGCCUGCCCAGCAGCAAGCGAUCGUCGCGGUCACCUUCUCCCAGCAAGGGGCAAGGAGACAGCACCGCGCUAGCAGCUCAAGGGGAGGAGGCAUCAAGGAGUGCAUCUCCUUCAUUGAGUAGCCUUGUUGAGUCUGUAAUUCCGUCUCACGAAGAGCAAAUUGAGGUCUUCGAGAAUGAGGGUCUCAACAUCAUGGAUCCUAGGAAAUCAGAGCUUGUACAUCGACCUGUCGCACAAAAGCCGCGGCUUCCCGUGCUCUGUCUAGGUUUCAACUGUGCGCCACCGGAGGAGAUUCUCGACUCUCUCAAAGCCGUGAAAGGAGAUGAGGCUCUGCAGCAAGCAAUCAAGUCGCUAGACCUGCGCGUCUGCGCAUACGCGAAUGUAAAUGACAGAAAAGAGGCCCAUGACAACGGCUUCGACGUGCGCAAAGAUAAGCGAGAGGCGAUUGAAAAGCGCCAUGACCUCGUGAAAAAGAUUGAGGAUCCAACCGAUGCAACCCAGGUACCUUCUUAACAUAUCAUCUAUCAGUGCACUUGGACGUGUGGACCUGUUUUAUACUUAAGUCGAACUCCUCGUCCUCCAUCAGCGGUGGUUCAUCUCGAUCUCGUUCUACCACGAAAACACCUUUUCUUUUCAACAAAUCAUAGUGAUCAACGAUUUUGAUUCUUACCAUAUUCAUCAGACGCCGAGCUACGCGUAUGACGGGUACGUGGAUUUCGUUGGCCAAUUUAUAGACGAAGGCGCCGAUAUUGUAGGAGGGUGCUGCGGCUGUGGUCCUGACGGGAUCCAGGAAAUCGGAAAGCGCCUUCAGCUUCGUCCUUGGUGCAAGCACUGA